AUGUCUGAGGGAGAGAGCAAGCAGGCCCCGGACACCGUGCAGGAGGCGAAGCCGGAGACCGCAGCCGCCGCCGGCGCUGCCGCUGCGCCCACCGGUCAGGUUUCAUCCGUGUCUCCCCCGGUGUCCAUGGUGACCCAGCCUCCUGCCACCGCCGCCACGGAGGACGAGGAAGAGGAGAGCGAGGAUGAGUCGGAGAUUUUGGAGGAGAGCCCGUGUGGUCGCUGGCAGAAACGCAGAGAAGAGGUAAAUCAGCGCAACGUCCCUGGGAUCGAUAACGCGUACCUGGCCAUGGACACAGAGGAAGGAGUGGAGGUGGUUUGGAAUGAAGUCAUGUUCUCAGAAAGGAAGAAUUUCAAGCUACAAGAGGAAAAGGUGAAAGGUUUUGACAAUUUGAUCCAGCUGGAGCAUUUGAACAUUGUGAAAUUCCACAAGUACUGGGCGGACGUGAAAGAGAACAGAGCGAGGGUGAUUUUCAUCACCGAAUACAUGUCCUCAGGAAGCCUCAAACAGUUUUUGAAAAAGACAAAGAAAAACCACAAGACCAUGAAUGAAAAGGCCUGGAAACGCUGGUGCACACAGAUCCUCUCUGCUCUCAGCUACCUGCACUCCUGUGAACCUCCCAUCAUUCACGGCAACCUGACGUGUGACACCAUCUUCAUCCAGCACAACGGCCUCAUCAAGAUUGGCUCAGUCGCUCCCGACACGAUCAAUAACCACGUGAAGACCUGUCGGGAGGAGCAGAAGAGCCUCCACUUCUUCGCUCCAGAAUACGGAGCUGUUGCCAAUGUUACCACAGCCGUGGAUAUCUAUUCCUUUGGAAUGUGCGCCUUAGAGAUGGCUGUGCUGGAAAUCCAGAGUAAUGGAGAUUCAUCGUAUGUGUCUCAAGAAGCCAUAAACAGUGCCAUUCAGUCCUUAGAGGACCCACUGCAGCGGGAGUUCAUCCAGAAGUGUCUGGAGAUGGAUCCCAGCAAACGCCCCACAGCCAGAGAGCUGCUGUUUCACCAGGCCUUGUUCGAGGUGCCCUUACUGAAGCUGCUGGCUGCGCACUGCAUCGUCAGCCACCAGCACAUGAUCCCAGAAAAUGCUUUAGAGGAAAUGACAAAAAACAUGGACCCCAACCUGGUGAUCGUCGAGGCGAAGGAGGGAGUUCAGAUGAAGCUGUCUCAGUUUCCCGCCCUGGAGCUGGAUAAAUUCCUGGAAGAUGUGAGGAACGGGAUCUACCCUCUGACUGCGUUUGGGAUCCCGUGUCCACAGCAGCCUCAGCAGGAGGCGGUAAAGUCGCCCAUCGUCCCCCCCUCAGUGAAAACCCCGACUCCUGAGCCUGCAGAGCUGGAGACCAGGAAGGUCCUUCAGAUGCAGUGCAAUAUCGAGCCCGUAGACGAAGGCACAAAGCAUCACUUGACCUUGCUGCUAAAACUCGAGGAUAAGCUCAACAGGCAUUUGAGCUGUGAUUUGUUACCAAAUGAGAACGUGCAGGAGCUGGCAGUGGAGCUGGUUCAGCUGGGGUUCAUCAGCGAGGGCGACCAGCCGCGACUGGCGUCGGUCCUCGAAGAGGCCUUCUCCAAGUUUUACAGCCGGAACGGCUCCCUCAACCCGGUGACGGUGUCCUCGUAGCGGAGGAGCCGCCAGGCCUUCUCUCAGCCCUCCCCGUCCUCCGCGGCGUGGACGAGCGUUCGCUCCGUCGCCGGAGUCGCAGGAAAUCACCGCGAGGACGGAGGAGGGAGCCUUGGUCUGCCUGCAGGUCCUGCAGCAGCCUGUCCUUGUAAACUACUGGCGGGAAAAGCUGCCACUAAGUGGCUGGCGCUUUCUAUUUCUUUAUUAUUAUUAUUUUUGUUUUCUCCCACCUAAUACAGCCAUCUGCUUCUCUUUUACAAGAGGAAAUCCUAGUUACAACUUGAUGGAAAACACCAAUGUUGUCACUCUUUGGCUUAUUUCUUUCGUCUGUGGAGAGAUGAGCAAAACGAAAUGGAUAACAGCAGUAUUUCCCUUGAGUCAGUGUUAAAAUUGUAUUUUAAACAUUUUUACUUCAAGCUGUUGAAUAGUUGUCUGUACGGAGGCGGCUGUGUGUCCCGGCAUACUGAAGCGUGUGUGUGUGUGUUCUGGUGUCGUAAGGUAAAGUCUGGUCGUCCGGCCUUUCAGAAGUUUCUCGAGUGGAGCCAUCUUUCUGUGAAGACACGAGACGGCGUGUCAAUUCGCGCGCAUCGUAGUCAGGAAAUAUGCAGCUGCGACACCAUCUGAUGAGCGACAGAUGAAAUAUAAGAAGAAGAAGAAGGAAAAAAAAUCUAUUUGUGUAUCUUUUCCUCGGUGUGUCAUGUUCUUCACUUCCAGCACUAAAGCCAGUCGGUGGUUGCUUUGAAUGUAUGUUUCUACCUGCUCCUUUCGCUCUUGUUUUCCAUGCAGUGUGGCGGUGUCGUCUGAAUACGAAUCAACUGAACACCAGGCAGUUCUCGCAAAUUGGGUUUAGAGGGGAAAAAAAAAAAAAGUUGCAUUUUAAGCACAACAAUGAAUUUCUAUUACAUGCCAAAAAGCUAAUUUAAAUUCGAUUCGGCCAUCGUCCAUCACCAUUGAUUUGUUUUCCGUUCGACGCCCCCCCCCCCCCCCUUGCCGUUUCUGAUAUAUUCAUUCUUUGGCUCUGACCACCUAUUUUACAUUUUACCUGUUAACUGUUUGAGGAUCUCUCUGCUAGUUUGCACAUCUGUACACUUCUGUACCCUGUUGGAAACGUCUCCUGGCCUCUGGCUCCGUGCACAUCGACAGGAUCUAAUUUAGGAAAGGCGUCAUCGGAAAGCUUGGCCGGCGGCGGAGCCUCGUCUCCUCUGAGCCGCGACCGCCUUCCUGACACGGUGUGUGUAGAUACGGCGAGAUACAAGCGUGCGGCCGCAGCUUGACAUGCUUGUAACCAUCUUGUACACUGUAUGCUGGACACUGUUCUCUGUUUCUGCAAUGCAUUUAUCCUCUUUUUUUUUUCACUUCCUGAAAUUAAAAAAAAAAAAAAAGUACACUAUCAA